CAUCAGUGUGCGUCCGGUGCAGUUGAAGCAGGAGCAGUAAUGGCCGCAAGGUUACUGAGAGCCGCAGUCCGGGCCUCGGCUCUGUGCCGUGUCUCUUCCGCGCCUGUCCUCAGCAGGGGGAUGGCGGCCGGAGGCAUUCCCACUGAUGAACAGCAGGCCACUGGGCUGGAGAAAAGAAUUCUGACGUCCUUUAAGGCUGGCGCGGACCCAUACAGUGUGCUGAAGCCAAAGCAGUACACUGGCUCCAAAGACGACCCACACAUCGUCCCCUCCAUUAACAACAAACGCCUCGUUGGCUGCGUCUGUGAGGAGGACAACACAGCCAUCGUGUGGUUCUGGCUGCAUGAAGGAGAACCUCAGCGUUGCCCGUCCUGUGGCUCACACUAUAAACUCGUUCAUCAUGAGCUUCCUCACUGAGACUGUUUUUCAGCUGUUUGUUUUUUCUCGGUGUUAAUUAAUAUAACAUUUAUGUAUACAGACCCACUGCAGUUAAACAUCCGACUGUACCAAGUGUGUGUCUCACCAGUUACUUCUAAUAAUAAACACUUUAAAUCUG